UUGGGGGGCUCAGCUCCUGAACUUUCUGCACGCUUUCCUCACCAACGUGGCCAUUUGCCACCUGAACUUUUGGCUCUUGAAGGGAGGCGGUUUGUCUUUGAUGUCCAACUUCCAAAACCAAUGUAUUUCGGGCGGGGCCCCGCUGAAUUUACAGUCCUCUCUGUUGUAGAGCAGAAUCAGCCUCCAGUACCUCGCCCUUCGCAACGUCUGCCACCGAGUGCAUCUGUUUCGACAACCCCACCUCGGUCCGUCAAUACUGUUUCCACUUCCCAUUCCUCACCCAGCCAUGCACUGUCUCCUUCGCUUGCACCAACACGGCCAUUGCCCGCCUCACCUUCUGUUGCUUCUGCAAGCGGAUCUGUCUCUGGGUUUGCAUCACCGGUGCAUGGGCCGGGAACAAGAAAUGUUAUGUUAGCUCCUUCUCCGUCACAUGCAGCGUAUUCCAACAUUUCCUAUGCAAGGCCAAGAGAUGCGUUCGUGCCUUGUCCUCCUGCUUCACAGUCCCCAGAUAGGCUUGCUGGAGUUUCGCAAACUCCUGUCUCCUCAACAAAGAACGAUCGAAAGCGCUCAAGAAAAACAACUCCGCGCAAAGCUGAAGCUAAAUCAAGGCAUGAUGGAGUUUCGCAAUCUCCUGUCUGCUCACCAAAGAGCGAUCGGAAGCGGUCAAGGAAAACAACUCCACGCAAAGUCGAAGCUAAAUCAAGAGAGCGUUGUCAUUCGUCAGGAUCUGAUGAGGUCCAUCCAUUUCAUGCUGUUCGGAAGACUAAAAACCGUCCUGCCCGUUCGAGGGACAUUGAAUUUAGCCCCGUUCAAUCAGAAAACUCGCCGGACCAGCCUCAUUCGACUAGACGCCGACGGUUGGUUACUCAUUCAGUUGAAGUUAGUGCUCCUGCUGGUCCUGAUGCCAGCAUUGGCGACACUUGUGAACUAGAUGAUCCAGUUUCGGAUCAGGAUGGAUCACCAUGUCAUGAGAAUUUUGUCUCUGCUUCGCUUGAUGAACCUCAUCUUGAUGCUUUGGAUACACAGCCGUCCAUUACCGAAGCUUCCACUCCUUCCAGAGCACAGCGUGUUCGCACACCGUCGCGCAAGGCCAUUGAGUCAUCGGCGCAGGAAUCUGCCAAAAAAAAGAACACCCCAAAGUCUUCGCGCAAGGAACGUGCCAAGAAGCAGCUUUUCACAAAUUAGCCUUCACUUUCGUCGUUCGAUGUUACUCACCUUCUGCUACUUAAAUUGUACCUGAUUCCUGGAAUACUUUAGCUGCCUUGCUUGAAUGCUGGUACUUCAUUUUGGUUUUGCACUCGUCUCUGC